AUGGUUGGCUAUAACUUGAAUCGUUUUCAUUUUUUAGUAUUAAUAACAUGGCAAUUUUCAAUAUUUUUUGCUGUUCAACAAAUUUUUCCCAUUUUUCUUAAUUAUGUUCCUAAAUGGAGAUGUGAAGAGAAUAGUACAAGUAAAUAUAAAUGGAUUGAUAUGAAAUUAUUGUCAAUAUCAUUAAAAGAAAGUUUAGGUUUUGAUUUUGAUAAUAAAGUUACUCAAAAAAAUAAUAUUUCAUUUCAAUAUACUCCAUCAGAAUUUAAUUUAUAUAAUGAUGCUUAUGAUAAAGAUUGUCAAAUUUUUAGUUUAUGUCCUGAUAAUUCAUUAGUUUUUAAAGGUGGUGAAUUUUUUUCAGCAGCAUUAGAUUUUGAAUGGAUAUGUACAAGAGAUUCAGCUUUUAUAACUUCUAUAAUAUCAAUGAUACAAUUUUUUGGUGUUUUAUGUGGUACUGUUUUUUAUGGUUUCUUGUCUGAUUACUUUGGAAGAAAACCUAUUUCAUUUUUUAUAUUAUCUUUUGGUAUAUUUUUUCUUAUAGCUUCAUCUUUUUUAGAAGAUUGGAAAUAUUUACUUAUUUGUAGAUUUAUUAUUGGUCUUUGUAAUGGUGGUACAAUGGUUGUAAUAUUUGCUUAUAUGAAUGAAUUAUUAUUAAGUGAACAAAGAAUGGCACUAAGAGCUUUUGUUAGCUGGGGUAAUGCAAGAGUUGUAGUAACAUUAUUAUGUUUUAUUUUUCCAAAUUGGAGGUGGGCAUCUAUUGCAUGUGGAAUUUUUGCUUUACCUGCUAUUAUUAUAUUAGUUAUAUUAUUACCCGAAUCACCAACAUGGUUAUAUAAUAAAAAAAAAUUUAUUGAAUAUAGAAAUUCAUUAAAAUAUAUAGCAUCAUUAGGUGGAAUAAAUGGUGAACCUGAAAUUAAUAAUAUUAAAAAAAAUACAGAUGUUAAAUUAAAAACAAUAUGGACAAAUAAAGAUUUAAGACAACGUUUACUUGUACUUGGUUUUAUGUGGUUUACAGCAAGUAUCAGUAGUUAUACAAAUGAUUUAAAUAGUAGUAAUAUUAAUGAUAAUUUUUUUCUUAAUCAAAUUUUAAUUGCAAGUUUUAUAGCAUUUUCUAAAAUAUUACUUGGAAUUGUUGAUUUAUAUCAUCCAAAUUUUAAUAGACGUAAUCUUCAUCAUCAUGCUCAAAUAGCUGUAAGUAUUUGUUUUGGUAUUGUUGCUUUAAUGCUAGCUUUUAAAUAUAAUGGAACAUAUAUUAUGAUUUUUAAUCUUAUUGGAACUAUUUGUAUUGAAUGGACUUGGGAUGCUUGUUUUUUAUGUGCUAUAGAAUCAAUGCCAACAUCAAUUAGAGGCUCAGCUGUUGGAAUGUGUUCAUUAAUUGCUAGAUUAGGUGCAUUGAUGUCACCAUUAAUUACCUAUUUAUCCUCAAUAUAUCCUCCAUCUGCAUAUAUUAUAUUAAGUGGUGUAGGAUUUUUAAAUUUAAUAAGUAGCUACAAAUGGUUACCUGAUACUAAAGGUAUUGAUUUAAAUGAAGUAAUGCAAACAUUAGAAAUGAUAGAAUGUAAAGAAAAGGAUGAUUUAAUUGUUCUAUCACAACCUAAAGUUUCACCAUUACAUUAA